GUAACGGCUGUGUGACUGAAAGCAGCUUAUCUCAGCUCAGCGCAGGUAUAAAAACACAGCGUUCAGAGUGGAUAUACAGUAUAUGAGCCUCGGUCUUCUUCAGCGCCUGCAGUCUGAGCUCUUCUGAUCAACAUGGGAGUCGUGUACAGCGUGGGAGAAGUGGAUCACCUGUACACGUUCUUCGUCCAGUGGUCCCCAGAGACCAUCUACAGCAAACACAGCAGCAGACAGGACUUCCUCAGGGUCCACGCGCUCAGUGUGAUCGACUCUUUUCUCAGUCAUUCUGCAUCCGAACAAUGGGAGUCAAAAACAAACAAACAGAGAAAGCCACACAAAUGCACGCAAAAUGCAAUUCUGUUUUGCGAGAGGUCUCAUGAAUGAAUGUAUCUCGCUGUGGGUGAAGGUGAAAAACCAAGCGUUUUUUUAAAUCAGACCAUAUUUGGAAAGAUCUUCCUGUUCUGUCGUGUUUUUGCUAAAACGAAAGUGCAGCUGAAAUGUGAGACGAGGGCGGAGAGAUGGACCAGCGAGGAGGAGAAACACUGUAUAAACAGGCUGAAAGUUCAGAACACACUCAGAAAGUUCAGCACAGGAGGAGCUACAGCAGAUCAGAGAGAAUCAGUCAACAUGAGGCCACUGCAGCAGAGCAUUAAGAUCUUAUACUAUGCCAAUAAAUCUGAGGAGCCUUUUGUGGAGGUGAGUUUAGAAGAGAUUUAGCUUUGCAUUGAGAAACCAACACGUGCCGCUCUGAUAGAAGAGAAAGAGAGAGGAGCAGAGCAUGCAUGUGCUUCUGGAUUAACUGAUGUUUCUCCUCUUCCUCUCUUCAUAU